AUGGCGACACCGAAGUACAGUGUCUAUUCCGAUCGGCCGCAUUCGGCCUCGUUGAUCACCUCGCUCGAUACAACGAGGAGAGACCCUUUCAAUAGUAUGCCAAUGGCCCGUACAAAGGAAGACAAUGAGUUGAUAGAUUUUUGGACAAAUAAACUAAGCUACUGGUCUGGGCAAAAUAAGCAUAUCAAGGAGCAAAUCUUCCGCACUGCCAUGAGCCAUCCAUUAUCCUUUCAAGCAGUGGUGCUUGGAUACUGUUCCCGCUGGAAGGCCCGAUUAUAUGGUUUGACCGAUAGCCACGACAGUCAAACUCAUGUUGGGCAAGCGACAAGGACCAUCGAGAUGGCGAGGAAAGGCUUGACGAACAUCGAUGGAGACAGUUUGGCCGUGGCGUUGACCGGGUUAUCGCUCCAAGAAGAAAGAUUCGGUAGCCAGCAGAGGGCCAGAGAAUACACGGACCAGGCUGUUCAAAUCCUGAGGUCGCAGGCCGGGUUUCCCAGUGGAGUCCAGGUAUUCUUGCACUAUGUACGAUACAUCACCAUGCCAGAUCAUCCGAUGACGGACCGGGAGAGUCAACAAUGGCUCCUGACGUUCCUUCGCGGCGCCGAGGAAAUGUCGUUGAAACAGAGAUCAGCCGCAUACUUGUCCUCGAGUCCUCAGAGAGCCCAGGCGUUUCAGAUGGACAGUCCGCUGUUUCCUCUGCUGUCGAGUGGUCCUCGUCCAUCGCAAGUGCCGCAGACUUCGCGUCUGUAUGUCGUCCGGGCCGCGCCCAGCCAGGAAGUCUGCCGCACUGCAGCGCUCAUCUAUAUCACGGCGGCUCUUUGGGAUUUCCAGGACUCCCCCAGCAAGACCCGACGGUUUCUGACUCAUAUCAACACGAUGGUGCAGCAACAUCAGCUUGAUCGAUAUCCUGCGUGCGAAACGCUGGUUUGGCUGUUGCUGGAGGAGACUUAUGAAGCCGACCUGAAGGACUCCGAACGAGCCUGGUCCACGGGCGAGUUACUGCGGGCGCAUAAGCAACUUCGACCGGACUUGCAGUUCCAGUUCAAUGAAAUAUUGCUGAGCCUGCUGAUGCUCAGUACACCCAUCCGGGGGAUUGAUGAUUUUGAAAAGGAACUCAAUACUACGACCGUUGAAAAUAUGGACGAUGUGUGA